GGCGGCGGUGGCGGGACAGCAGCUGGCCGGCCAGUGUGCUGCAUACCACUACGCAAUGGCGAGGGUGCUCAUCAACGGCGUGCGAUCUUAUGCUCCAAGGCUCUUCCCUCAGCUCCAGAAGACCACCUGCGCCUGGGAAACCAAUGCCAAGCCCUUCAGCACCACACACCAUUCUUUGUCAAGUCGAAAAUAUACAGAGAAGCAUGAGUGGGUGGCUGUAGAUGGCAAUAUUGGGACCAUUGGAAUCACAAAUUAUGCACAGGAAGCUCUGGGAGACAUUGUUUAUGCCCAGCUACCUGAAGUGGACACACAAUAUGAGCAGAUGGAUGGAGCCGACCAAACAAGGCAGCUGCACAUAACCUGAUGGGGUGGUGUUGACAGAGGAGUGUGGUGCCCUGGAAAGUGUUAAGGCUGCCAGUGAGCUCUACAGUCCUGUCUCUGGCAAGGUGACCGAGAUCAACACAGC